AUGCUAGCCAAACCUGGAUCCGCGGUACUAGCUAAAAUAAGGGAAAGCGAAAGGUUUUACCCAUACUUUAAGGAUUGUAUCGGAGCUAUUGACGGCACACAUAUUCCAGCAAUGGAAACGGGACGCGACGUAAGCAGCUAUCAUAAUCAUCACGGUACGAUAUCACAAAAUGUAUUAGCAGCUUGUAACUUUGAUUUGGAAUUCAUAUAUGUCCUUAGUGGGUGGGAGGGCUCAGCUCACGAUUCAAGAGUACUACAAGUUAAUUUUUUCUUAGUGGAUUGUGGAUUUUCAAAUCGAUGCCAAUUUUUGGCUCCAUUUCGAGGUGUUCGAUAUCAUCUCCAAGAGUUUGGUGGUCAAGGUUGUGCACCUGCAAAUGAAGUUGAGUUGUUCAGUCUUCGUCAUUCGUCCUUGAGGAAUGUCAUUGAGAGGAUAUUUGGUAUAUUUAAGUCACAAUUUACAAUUUUCAAGUCUGCACCUCCAUUCCCAUAUUGGACACAAACAGAGAUAGUGUUAGCUUGUGUAGGACUACACAAUUUUCUUCGAAAAGAGUGUAGAUCUGACGAAUUUCCUGUUAAAUUGGAGAACGAAUCUUCUUCAUCUUCAUCGUUACCGGUUAAUGAAGGGGAUCCUGAACUAGUUUUCCAAACACAAAAACAACAACAACAGAAUACUAAUGAAUGGAGAGUUGGUAUAGCUUUGGAUAUGUGGAGAGAUGCUGGGCAGAAUGACAACAAUGAAAAUCAAGGAUAA